UACCAACAUGGUUAGGAAGAAGAGAACUGAUGUUACUUCUGCCGGAGGUGAGAGCUCUCAGUCCCGUGACACGCAACGCCCUCUUCAACAAGGAAGAGGUGGAGAGAGAGGAUACUCGGGUGGAAGGGGUCCACAGUCUCAGCAAACUGUUAGGGGAGGUUCUGGUGGCCGGGGUCGCGUUAUGUCGCAACAGCAGUAUGCUGAAGGACCCCAAGAAUACCAAGGCAGGGGAAGGGGUGGGCCUCCCCAGGAAGGAGGACGUGGGAGCUAUGGCACUGGUGGUCGUGUAGGAGGGCCUUCUCAUGGGGGACCAUCCCGACCACCUGUUUCCGAGCUGCACCAAGCAACCCAAACUUUCCAUGGGCCUGCUUCAUUUGAGGCAGGUUCGUCGUCCAGACCACCUGAGCAUGGACCAUCAACACAGCAGCAGCUUCCCAUCCCGGAAGAAGUCGGUCAAGCAAUUCAGCCGGUCCCUGCUUCUAGCAAAUCAGUGAGGUUUCCUCUUCGGCCUGGAAAGGGUAGCUCUGGCACAAAGUGUAUAGUCAAGGCUAAUCAUUUCUUUGCUGAACUACCAGAUAAGGAUUUGCACCAGUAUGAUGUUACUAUUACACCGGAGAUUGCAUCACGAGGAGUGAACCGGGCUGUAAUGGAGCAGCUGGUAAAAUUAUACAGAGAAUCGUAUCUUGGAAAACACCUUCCUGCUUAUGAUGGCCGAAAGAGCCUUUAUACUGCUGGGGCUCUCCCUUUUGUGUCAAAGGAGUUUAAGAUCUCCCUUCUUGAUGAUGAUGAUGGGUCAGGAAUGCAAAGAAAAGAGAGCGAUUUUAAAGUUGUGAUCAAACUUGCUGCACGGGCUGAUCUGCACCAUCUUGGACUCUUUCUGCAAGGGAAGCAAGCUGAUGCACCUCAGGAAGCUCUUCAGGUUCUCGACAUUGUCCUUCGUGAAUUACCUACUUCGAGGUACUGUCCUGUUGGCCGUUCAUUUUACUCCCCUAACCUUGGGAGAAGGCAGUCUUUGGGUGAGGGAAUAGAAAGUUGGCGUGGUUUCUACCAGAGCAUUCGUCCUACACAGAUGGGGCUCUCAUUGAAUAUUGAUAUGUCUUCAACUGCUUUUAUUGAGCCAUUGCCGGUUAUUGAUUUUGUGACCCAAUUGCUAAAUCGGGAUGUUUCUUCUAGACCAUUAUCUGAUGCUGAUCGUGUGAAGAUCAAAAAGGCGCUUAGAGGAGUCAGGGUGGAAGUUACACACCGUGGAAACAUGCGAAGAAAAUAUCGCAUAUCUGGUUUAACAUCACAGGCAACUAGAGAGCUUACUUUUCCUGUUGAUGAAAGAGGUACAAUGAAAUCUGUUGUGGAGUACUUUUAUGAAACAUAUGGUUUCAUCAUCCAACACACCCAGUGGCCAUGCCUACAAGUUGGAAACCAGCAAAGAGCAAAUUAUUUGCCAAUGGAGGUAUGCAAGAUUGUUGAGGGUCAAAGGUACUCCAAGAGAUUAAAUGAGAGACAGAUCACUGCUCUACUGAGGGUCACCUGUCAGCGUCCUCAGGAAAGAGAGAGAGACAUUAUGCAGACUGUACAUCAGAAUGCUUAUCAUGAGGAUCCUUAUGCAAAGGAAUUCGGAAUUAAAAUUAGCGAGAAGCUUGCUUCAGUUGAAGCACGCAUUCUACCUCCACCAUGGCUUAAAUAUCAUGAUACGGGUAGAGAGAAGAACUGCCUUCCUCAAGUUGGGCAAUGGAAUAUGAUGAAUAAGAAAAUGGUUAAUGGUGGAACAGUAAAGAACUGGAUCUGCAUAAACUUUUCUCGGCAAGUCCAAGAUAGUGUUGCACAAAGGUUUUGUUAUGAACUUGCACAAAUGUGUUAUAUCUCUGGCAUGGCUUUUACUCCUGAACCAGUGCUUCCUUCAAUUACUGCUCGUCCAGAGCAGGUGGAGAAGGUCUUGAAAACCCGAUACCAUGAUGCCAUGACUAGAAUCCAACCCCAGAACAAAGAGCUUGACCUUCUUAUUGUUAUUCUCCCGGAUAAUAAUGGCUCUCUAUAUGGUGACUUGAAAAGGAUUUGUGAGACAGAUCUCGGAAUUGUUUCUCAAUGCUGCUUGACUAAACAUGUAUUUAAAAUGAGUAAACAAUAUUUGGCUAAUGUGGCAUUGAAGAUUAAUGUUAAGGUUGGGGGAAGAAAUACGGUUCUUGUUGAUGCGAUAUCACGACGAAUACCUCUGGUCAGUGACCGGCCUACUAUAAUUUUUGGUGCUGAUGUUACCCAUCCUCAUCCUGGGGAGGAUUCAAGCCCUUCUAUUGCUGCUGUUGUUGCUUCCCAAGAUUGGCCAGAGAUUACGAAGUAUGCUGGUCUGGUUUGUGCUCAAGCUCAUCGCCAGGAGCUCAUUCAAGAUUUAUUCAAGACAUGGCAGGAUCCAGUAAGGGGUACUGUUUCGGGCGGCAUGAUUAAGGAGCUCCUAAUUUCUUUCCGGAGAGCAACUGGACAUAAGCCACAGCGCAUCAUAUUCUACAGGGAUGGUGUUAGUGAAGGCCAGUUUUAUCAAGUGUUGUUGUAUGAACUUGAUGCUAUUCGGAAGGCAUGUGCUUCUUUGGAGCCAAAUUAUCAGCCUCCAGUUACCUUUGUCGUCGUACAAAAGCGACAUCAUACAAGAUUGUUUGCUAACAACCAUCAUGAUCGCAAUGCUGUUGACAAGAGUGGGAAUAUUUUGCCUGGCACAGUGGUGGACUCCAAAAUCUGUCACCCCACGGAGUUUGACUUCUACUUAUGCAGCCAUGCUGGGAUUCAGGGUACAAGCCGUCCAGCUCAUUAUCAUGUGUUAUGGGAUGAGAACAAGUUCACAGCUGAUGCUUUGCAGUCUCUUACAAACAACCUUUGCUAUACAUAUGCAAGGUGCACAAGAUCUGUGUCCAUCGUUCCCCCUGCAUAUUAUGCUCAUCUUGCUGCAUUCCGAGCUCGUUUUUACAUGGAACCAGAGACUUCAGAUAGCGGAUCAAUGAUGAGUGGUACAGCGGGAGGGCGAGGAGGUAUGGGUGGAGGUGCACGAAGCACGAGAGCACCUGCUGCUAGUGCUGCCGUGAGACCCCUGCCCGCCCUCAAGGAAAAUGUCAAGCGGGUUAUGUUUUAUUGUUAAGGGUGCCUAUCGGCAUAAUUUCAUGGUAUUAUUGCUGGUUUGUUGGUGGUUUGUGUGUUGGA